UCGGCCCCUCAUACAAAACUUGUAUUACAAAUGCAUUAGUUGAGCCAAAAGGGAGGUCAGACCUUCUCACUGCAAGGAUGUGUUCUUAUUUAUAGCUCUUUGUACCCAAGUUCCAAUUCAAAAUAUAAGUUAUUCAGUUUUCUUUUUGGAAUAUUCUGCUUUGGAAAAAAAUUGCAUCAAAAAAUAAACGAUUUUAAAACAAAUUAAUUUUGGGCACUAAAACCACUAAUUUGAAAAGAAAAAAAAAACACAUUUAUGUUUGAUAAAACGCACUAGGCCUUUACCUUUCUUUGUUUUCUGAAUAUUGCUUUUUUUUAUUGCGACUGUUCGUUGUUAACGUGACAUUUUGAUGCACUGAGUCGAGAGUGCGGGCGGGUCAGUUUUAACUGGAGAAACUGCGGACUGCGUGUCUACGCCAAACCAGCUGCAACCACAAAAGAUGGAUCGUUUUAACAUUUCCUCCCUUUCCUCCCUUUCCUCACUCACAAAGAAGCCAGUCUGUGUUAUGUGGGGUUGUAUUCUGACAGGGAACCAGAGACAGUUUGUGUUUGAAGUAAAUGACUUGUUGGAACAUCAGCUUUUUAUUAAGACGAUAUGCCUGGAUGCUGCUGCAAAAGAUGAACUCCAUGUAGUGGAGGUGCAGUCUAUGAUAACUGCAAAAAGUACACCUAUUGCUUCACUAAAACCUUCAGUAAUGCCGAUGGUUAGUUUAUAUGGCCUUGAGGUGAAUCUUCCUGUGACCUUUAAUUUGCAUUCUGGGGGAGGUCCAGUGUACAUUUAUGGACAGCACAUAACCAAUGACUCUGAAGAAGCAGUGGAAGAAGAAUCUCAUGAACAUCUUGGACCCUCCAGUUUCUAUUAAGUUCACCACCAACUACUUAAACUAUAGUUGGGAAAACCAGGAUUGAACAAGUCUGAGCUUUAAAUGAGACAUAAUAACAAAUCUGAACUUGUUUUGUUCUGUUUCAUUUGUGUUCGGUUAUCAUAAUGUUGAAAAUGUAAACAUUUUUAUGGUUUAAAUGUAUAACGUUGAACAAAAUACGAAGUGCCUUUCUUCAUUUAUCCACCAAAAAAGCAUACCUGCUUGCUUGCAUGGUACAAACUGUGCAAUUUAUGCAUUUAGAAUUAACACAUUUAAGAAGUUUUUUGCUUGUUAUGGUGAAGUUCAUGAUUUCAUGCUGUUUUAUUCUUCUGCAUGUAAGAUCAAAAAUUCAUCUCUAAAUGGUCAAUUUUUUAUAUUUACAGAUGACAUUUUCUGCUUCUCAUUUUUUGAAUUGAUGUGUUUUAAUUUAUAUGUGGUAAUAUUUUGCAUAUCUUCUAUUAGAAAAUAUUUGUCACUGAAGUUCUGUAUUUAUAUAAGAUAUAUUACCAUGGUACGGUGGCGCAUUGGUAGAGCUGCUGCCUUGCAGUUAGGAGACCUGGGUUCGUUUCCCAGGUCUUCCCUGCGUGGACUUUGCAUGUUCUCCCCGUGUCUGCGUGGGUUUCCUCCGGGUGCUCUGGUUUCCUCCCACAGUCCAAAGACAUGUAGAUUAGGUGCAUUGGCGAUCCAAAAUUGUCCCUAGUGUGUGCU